CGGCGGGUGAAGUCCUUCCGGCGGCGUUGAAAUUCGCGGAUGCGAUGGAGAAGUGGCCGGGGUCGGAGGAGCCAAACCACACCGGCUUCAACGUCGCCAACGCCACAGACGAAAUAUCCUUCCAGCAUAUGGCCAAGGAGCCCGGCCGCUUGGAAAGAUUCGCAAACGCAAUGGGCAUGUUCAGCAAAGGCCCAGGCUACUCCCCGAGAUGGCUCCUCGAAAACUAUCCCUGGAACCGCAUCGGCGCCGGAACCGUGGUGGACGUCGGCGGCUCAAACGGUGACUACAGCAUCCCAAUAGCGCAGGAGUUUCCUCGCAUCAAGUGCGUGGUGCAGGAUCUCCCCGAAGUCGUUUUGAAAGCUGAGCCUCGCCUCCCGGCGGACUUACGAGACAGAGUCUCCUUCAUGGCGCACGAUUUCUUCACCGAGCAGCCCGUCAAAGGCGCUAAUGCGUACCUCCUUCGCUGGGUCCUGCACGACUGGUCCGACAAAUACGCUAUUCGCAUCCUCCAGGCUUUGAUCCCGGCGCUCACGGAGGCGUCGAAGAUCGUGGUGCAUGAGUACAUUCUGCCCGUGCCUGGUGAGACUCCCACGCUUGAGGAUAGGACGCUGAGGAUCUUCGACACGAGUAUGAGGGGGCUUACGAACGGGAAGGAGAGGGAGGCGAGUGAUUGGGAGGCGCUGUUUGCUGCUGCGGAUUCCAGGUUCCGGAUCGAGAGGAUGGAGACACCGCCUGGGUCGAGCUUGGGGAUUAUUGAAGUUGGAUGGAGGGGGUAGGGCAUUCUCGUAGUCGUCGGUUGAAGAUGGCCGGUUUAUUCAGUGUGCCUCUAGAGAGGAAGAACGGCAGGGGCAUGUUGCUUGGUGAGGAAUAGAAAAGUGGAGUCGAUAGUUUGCGAAUGGGGUUGUAGUGGAAAAGAGAGGUACAUUCCAGGUUUGCGUGAGGUU